AUGACGAUGAAGAAGAGCAACAGAUCUAGCCAAGGUCGCCAAAAGAUCCCUAUUGCUAAAAUAGCCAAGAGAACCAAUUUGCAAGUCACAUUCUCCAAGCGGCGUUCGGGGCUUUUCAAGAAGGCCAGCGAGCUCUGCACACUCUGUGGUGUUGAGGUUGCAAUCAUAGUGUUCUCUCCGGCAAACAAGCCCUACUCCUUCUGCCACCCGGACGUUGACUCCCUCAUUGACCGGUUUCUUGCUCGAAACCCUAACUUUAAUAUGUCUCUAUCAGACUCCUGUCAACAGCUUGGUGAGGCUCACAAGAAUGCUACUGCUCAUGAGCUCAACAUGCAGCUAACAAGGAUUUCUAACCAAGUCGAGACUGAGAGAAAGCUUGGCGAAUCGCUUGAUAAAAUGAGCAAAACCAGCGAGUGUUGGUGGGAAAACCCAGUUGAUGAACUUGGACUGGAUGAGCUACGAAUACUUCAGGCUGCAUUGGAGGAGCUCAAGAAGAAUUUGAAUGAACAAACCAAUAGGAUUUGGAUGGAGUCUAGUAAUACUACUAAUAUUGCUAAUAAUUCUUCGUCAUUCUUUAUGACGAAUAAUGGUCAUCAUUUAUCUAAGAACAGCAGUCCCAGAAGUGAUCAGGUUGGAUCUGAUUACAUUGAUAUUCCUAGAGCAUAUGAUUUUGGUUUUGCUGGGAAUAUUGGUCUUUUCUGA